AUGAUUAUUAAAGAUUUUGUUGUGGAUAAAGAUACUGAUAUUCUUGCUUUGACGGAAACUUGGCUCCCUCCAAGUGGGAACGAUUUGAUUAUUGGGGAUCUAUGCCCAACAGGUUAUAGUUUUCUGCAUACACCGAGACAUGGAUCAAUCGGUGGGGGCGUUGGUCUCUUAUUCAAGGAAAGUCUUAAUAUUAAGCGUAAUGUACAGGAGGUAUUUAGGUCAUUUGAAUACCUUGACAGUUCUUUUUUGAACUUUCUACAUAUUAGAAUUAUUGUUGUAUAUCGGCCGCCUCCUUCAUCGGCUAACUUAUUGACAUCUACUCUAUUCUUUGAAGAGUUCUCAUCCUUUUUGGAAGGAAUUAUUGUAUCACCCGGGCAACUCUUGAUAGCUGGAGAUUUCAAUUUUCAUCUGGACAAUCCUAAUGACCCUCUUACCAAACGGUUCGUCGAUCUUCUCGCUUCCUUUGAUUUGAAGCAGUACAUUUCUGGAUCAACACAUGCAAGUGGUCACACACUGGAUUUAAUUAUAACGCGAUCUGAAGAAAACAUUGUUAACCAUUACAACAUCUUCGAUCCUCUGAUUUCUGAUCAUUCAGUUGUGCAUUUACAACUAUUGAUUAGGAAACCGAAGUUUGUGAAGAAACAUUUGCUUCUUCGUAAUUUGCGGGCGGUUAAUAUUCAUAAAUUCAAAACGGAUGUACUAAAUUCUUUUCUUCUUAAGAAUUUUACGACUAUGGAUUUGGUAUCAUUGGUGAAUGAGUAUGAUUGUCUUCAUACUAUCUUAGAUAACCAUGCACCGAUUAAAUCCCGGGAAAUUACAUUGCGCCCUAAGGCACCCUGGUAUACUAACGAAAUCAAUGAUAAGAAACGAAUUCGGAGACAACUUGAGAGAAAAUGGCAUAAAACAAGGACGAAUGCUGAUUGGAAUCGCUAUAAACAACAAUGUUAUGCUGUAAAUAAACUUAUCGACUCCUCAAAAUCGGCUUACUAUACCGACUUAAUUAAUAAUGGAUCAUCUGAUCAAAAACCCUUUUCAAGACUGUAA